AAUAUGUUGUAAAUUUGAUUGCAUUGCAGAGAAAUGCAAGCGUGAGCUCGGCGUGGGUUUGUACCAUGACAAGUGUGACCACGACAUUGCUUUUUAUCUUUAUCUAUAAAGAACACCUUAAAUCAAAGGCCGUACUAGGCCGUCGCACUCCCGACCCGGCAUAACACGUGCAUUACUCACGAAAUAUUUUCAUAAAACCGAACCAAACGCACCCGUCCACCCUCCCCGCGCCCCCGCCGCAAAACCAGUUCAGUUCGUGCCCGGCCGUCGAGCGCGUUGGUUGUACCGUGCCGCCAGCCCCGCGUUCUUACGAGACAAACAUCUUUUGUACCCAAACCAGUGCUGUGGAUUUCAUGACCUGUGCAGUGUGAGAUUGUGCCGAUUCUUAUUGUGAUGUUACGUGUACGUUAUGUUCUAGUGUUGGAUUUGUCUUGAAAACUGUGCGACGGGUCCGCCUAGCCGUCGGACGGCUCUCGAUCUCGGGAUAUCAUUAAGAUGAGCCCACACCAAGAUGCGGCGAUUUGACAUCACAAAUGCUCAUCACUAACUUCGGCACAAAGCCAAGACCAACUAUGAUUUGGAACGACACAGAACCACUAGAAAAGACUAUAACAAACAAAAGUAAAAGCCUACAAGAUAUCAAAUCGUUACUAGAAGACAGAGGAGGUGAAGAGAGAGAUGUGUUUAGCAAUAAUAGUAAAUUAGACAAUAAUAGUUUUGGGGAAGUGGUUAGUUGUAGCAAUAAUGUGUGGGAUAGGUAUCGAAGAGGCUGGUGCUUUAGGUUUAAAACAAUUGUGUUUGUGUUGUGUUUGAUGCUGCUUAUGGAUAGACUGCCGGCUGAAGCGAGGAGUGCAGAACCUCGGUACGAAACAGCGUACGCGUGCGAAGGCAAAACCUUGAAGAUUGGCUGCGGGGAAGGCUCAGUCAUCCACCUCAUCAGAGCCAACUACGGCAGGUUCUCCAUCACCAUCUGCAACGACCAUGGGAACACCGACUGGAGCGUCAACUGCAUGUCUACGAGGAGCUUACGGGUUUUACAUAGCAGAUGUAGUAUGCACCAAAACUGCAGUAUACUGGCGAGCACGAGCAUGUUCGGCGACCCAUGCCCCAACACCCUCAAGUAUCUGGAAGCGCAUUACCAAUGUGUACCUGCAUCUACGACAAGCACGACCAACCGACCAUCCCCACCCUGGCUCAUCACGUCGCAACCCACAGUAUGGCGGUCCACAGUUCCUCCAGCGCCGAAGAGUCCGGUCCAAACGCAACAGAACGAUCGGAAGAAGCCGACGGUCAUCACACCGCCGACGUUCAGGCCUCAUAUCACUUUGCCACCUGAGGUGAAGCUAGGAGACGUUGCAUCUAAGAAGACCACGACCCGGCAACCAGACUCGUCAUCAGAGCGGGAACCGCAGCAGUCCCCCAAGGAGACGCUGCCAGAGGUCCAAGAGGAGGUCCCGAAGGUCAUGGAGCCGGAGAACAGGCCGAGGAAUGACAAGCCCAGCAAGGAUAAGGAAGAUGAUGUAGUGACAGAAGAAAAUCGACAAUGGCCGGUCAACGAGGAUUCUGACUCUACGCCGGCAGUUCACGUCCCUCCAAAGGAAAACUCUGCGCCGGACACAGACCUUGAUGAUCAGUUUGGAAAGAGAUAUUCAACAAGUGCAACACCAAAUCUAGGCCGUAGGUCUUAUUGUCCGCAAGUAAGCGCCCGUGGUUUACAUUGGAACUGGACGCUAGCCGGGACUUACGCCGUCCAACCUUGUCCUGGCGGCGCCACUGGACUCGCGAGGUGGAAAUGCACCAUCCCCCCUCACCAUCCCGAGGAAGAGCGUCCGAGGCGGCGAGGAUCAAGCCUGCCUUCCGGAGAGAACUAUCACGACUUAGGCUUGGAGCCUAAUGACAGGCUUCAGCUGAUGAAGAGGCUUGGCUCCGAGUCACUUCUCAAAGGACGGGAUGGUGAUCCUCCUGAACACAUGAUCGACUACCGCGGUAAUCUGCCGGAUGCUCAAGCAUCUAGUCUAAACCUGGACACCCUUGGGACCUUGAUGACCAGCGCUGAAGGAUACUCGGACGCGAUACCAGAAUGGCACGGCCCUACCCCCGACCUGAGCGAGUGCCGAUCCGUCUGGCUGAAUAGCCUGGAGGCUCGAGUCAGGGAGGGAGAGUCCCUUCUCAGCAUCAGCAAUGACUUGGCACAGGUGACAUCAUCGAAGACGCUAUACGGAGGAGACAUGCUGACAACCACCAGCAUCAUGAAGAAACUGGCACAGCGUAUGUCACAGAACGUUCAGACGUUCCCGGACCCCAAGCAGAGGGAAGCCAUCGUUACUGACAUGCUACUAGGAGUUAUUAAGACUGGAUCAAACCUUUUAGAAGAGAGUCAGCGAUCAUCCUGGGCGGACCUGAGUGCCGACGCUCAGAACCGAGUCGCAAGCGCAUUGCUCACACAGCUGGAAGAGAACGCAUUCCUAUUGGCUGAUGCCGUCACCAAGGAAAAGACUAUACUGCAGAUCGUUAAGAAUAUCUGUCUUUCCGUGCGAGUUCUAGAAGUGAAGAAUGUGGAAGACGAGACAUUUCCGUCGGUCAUCGCGCAGGAGCAGUGGAAAGCUUCUGAGGAUACCAUCACCAUACCCAAAGCUGCUUUACUAGACAACCGCCAAAACGACCUGGUCCGCAUAGUUUUCUUCGCGUUUGACCGUUUGGAGGAGAUCCUUCCGCCCACCUUCGGCGUCAAGACUGCGCCUUACAGCAGCUUCCUCUCCGAUGCGUCUGCUUCGACUGCCACCAGCAUGAACUCUGAACGGGAGAAGAGGAAUGUUACCAGGAUUUUGAACUCUAAGGUCAUAUCAGCCAGUCUUGGCAAUGGUCGUCACAUCCAGCUAUCUCAAAUGGUCCGACUAACCAUGAAACAUCUGAAGACUGAAAACGUUACGAACCCCGCCUGCGUGUUCUGGGACUACACGUUGCAUGGCUGGUCUCCCGAAGGCUGCCACGUAGAGUGGACCAACACGACCCACACUGGCUGCGCCUGCUCCCAUCUCACCAACUUCGCCAUCCUCAUGGAUAUCCACGGCGUUUCCAUCGGUGCCAAGCAUGAGAUGGCCUUGAGACUCCUGACUUUCAUCGGUUGUGCUAUCUCUGCUGUGGCAUUGCUGGCCGCUAUUAUUGUGUUCCAGUGCUUUAGGAAUAUGAAGUCGGACCGAGUGCUAAUCCACAAGAACCUCUGCGCAUGUCUCCUCAUUGCGGAAGUUGUGUUCAUGUGCGGCAUUGACCAGACGCAAGACCGAGUGUUGUGUGGCAUCAUAGCUGGUUUACUUCACUACUUCUUCCUCGCUGCCUUCGCCUGGAUGUUUCUGGAAGGGUUCCACCUAUACGCCAUGCUAGUAGAAGUGUUCGAGCCUGAGCGGCCGCGCGCGCGCUGGUACAUGGCGGGCGCGUACCUGGCUCCUGCUCUGGUGGUGCUGGCAUCUGCUGCGGCGUUCCCUGCCGGCUACGGCACGCCGCAACACUGCUGGCUUUCGACUGACAGACUCUUCGUCAUGAGUUUUGUUGGGCCUGUGGCUUUAGUGCUUACGGCCAACUGGAUAUGCUUAAGCAUGGUGAUUUAUAUGAUGUGCCAUCACUCCACAGUCUCCAUCAAGGCGAAAGAAAACUCCAAGCUGUAUAAAAUCAGGGUAUGGCUGAACAGUUCCCUAGUCCUGGCCUUUCUGCUGGGACUGACGUGGACCUUCGGGCUCCUGUAUCUGAACGAGCAGACGGUGGGCGUGGCCUAUGCGUUCACGAUCCUCAACUCGCUGCAGGGGCUUUUCAUCUUCAUCUUCCACUGUCUGCAGAAUGAGAUUUUCCAGAAGGAGUGCGCGCGCCUCGGCCGCCGCUACCCCUGGCUAGCGUGCUGCCUGGCGCUCGCGCCCCAGCCUCCCCCCACCGCCUCAACUAACCACGUGGACACGCGCCAGGGCAGCGUCAAGAGCCGCCGCUACCACCAGAGCGCGGCCGCUGACAGCGAGGACGCUGUCGACCCUAGGGACGUCACGAACACUUCUUCUAAGCACCACCCUAGUGGGACUUCAACUCUGCCGCACCACGACACGCUGUCGCGGCUCGCGGCGCAGAGCCACCUCCACGCGCCCUAUAACGACUGCGACCCCGUCCCCCACCCGCCCCCAUCCCCCCGCCACAAGGAUGAUGACAGUCCCCUCCACCACCAGGGCUACAACACCACCCGCAGCUACAACCACGACUUCAGGAACCCGCACGUCUACAUGUCCCAGCAUUCCCCCGGCAGCCAGGAAAUGAUCUUCCGCAAGCAUUACAAGGACGAGAACAGACGCAAGCACCACCAUUAUCACGGCAGCCAGAACAUCAACCACACAUAUUCAGAAAUAGCCUCCCAACAGGGAAGAAUAUACAGACGCGGAUCCGAGCAAGAAUUCCGCGUCAUCCAAGACGAUCCCGUCUAUGAAGAGAUCGAAAGAAACGAGACUUUAAUGUCGGACGUGUCCGAUGAUAAUUCCGGGCCGGACAACUGCAGACAGAACCCGGGCCACCACGGGUCUUCGAGCUCCAAGUUCUACGGGGACCACCGGCCUCUGAUCUCAUACAGCCCUGGAGAAAGGCAUCACCAUGACCAGGAGCAUUAUGCGAAGUAUGGCAAAUGGGAUACAAUAGAGCGGGCGUACGAUCCGAGACACGCGUAUGAGAGCGGGAGGCUGAUGCACCCGGCUUAUCAUCAGCCACAAGAGAAUAAUAUGAGAGCUCUGGCAGCGGUUCUGAAUGGAGAAAACAAUGUCGUCUGCCAUCUGGAGCCACACAAUUCAUACGACGUUUACCAGCCGCAACAAGGCAAUCCCAGGACUGUCUCCCAACCAAGUUUCUAAGGACUAUGUUGAAAAACCCAGUGAUCGAACGGAAAGAUUGGAACUGACCGUGUCCCGGACGAAUGUUUCUGUGUUAGUGAUACUUGAUAGACUCUGAGUGAGUGUACAGAUAUAGCGGGUGAUUUUUUCUAUGGACGUAGUAUAGAGAAAGAUCUAGCGCAUAAAUAGCGUUUAUGUAGGAACUUGCCAUAAUGCGGACUUUAAAAUAACAUAUAUUUAUAGACGGUUAGAUUGUAAACGUAACUUUAAAUCACUUUUUCCACUGUGAUCCUAUUUAAAGAUAACGGCUCAAGUUCAGUGUUACGACCAUAUUUUCUUUAUAUGGCGAUUUUAAAUAGCAAUUUUGUAUAUACGACUCUUAGCGUCUAGUGCUAGGCUCUUAGUACUUCCAGUGUGUCCUUAAUAUUUCUAUCUGUCGACUUUCCUUUACGAAUCAUGGCAUUUCAUUAAGUACGUUUGCGAGAUUUGUGUAGGUACGAAAAUCUGUGAUGUUUCCUUUUUUUACGCUUUAGAUUAGGGCUCGCUGUCUCGAAUAAUAUGUAAAAUUCACUGCCAUAACUUAUUAUUAGUAUGGUUUUUAACUUAUUUUUGUGAGAUAUAAUUUUAAUAAUUAAGUUAUCCUCCGGCAGAUAUAAUUGUACGUACUGCAGCUUUGUAUGCUUUGUUUUUCGAAAAUAUUUCAAAAAAUCCAUCCAACCUAUUAUAGACUGACACCACCUCGAUGUUGUGCACUUUCCUGUACAUUAGAACUUAGUGUUAAAAUACUUAAAAAUAACAAUAAAAUAUAUUAUUUCUACAUAAGUAGAUUUAAUUUUAAUGCCAUGAAUGAAACUGUUAAUUUUUACCGUAAAAUUAAAUGUUAAGGAAUUGUUUCAUAGAAUUGAUACAAGUACAAUAAUGUAACUAACUGUACUCUUGGUUUCUUGUAUAUUUUGGAUCGAUUAAGCAAUAUAUUAGACUGAAGUAUUUAAUAAAUGUUUGGCCAUUUUUUACUACUGUUUAACAACGUAAUUAUAGUAAUUGUAACAUUUAUAUCAUUUUAGCGAGGCCAAAAUUUAUGAAAUACUUUUAUGGGAAAAUACGAAAGAGUGGGAUGUAUUAUUUUUUGUAUUCGGUUAUAUACUAGUCCACCUUCGCCCACUCUUAAAUACACGACUUGUACAUUUCGUCAUGUGUAUUUCUGUUAUAUUUUUUGUUUUGAUUGUAUUUUAAUAACGUUGACGAGUAUAUUAAUGUAAAGUAGGAAAAACAAAAAUGUGUAAAUAAUUUAAAGUUUAUAUAAUAAAGAGUGGUUGUUCUCAGAGGAUGUCCACGAGGGAAAUUA